AUGCCGGGGGCCGGAGCCGCGCGGCUUCGCCCGUUCCGCGCGGGGGGGAGGGGGGGGGCGGCGGGUCACGUGCCCCGCGGGGGCGGGGCGAGCCCCACAGAGGCGCGCGUGCAUCCGGUGUUUACAACAGCGCCGGCGCUUCGCGUGGCCGCGGUCCCGCGCGGCGGAGGGGCGCAGCCGAGCGGCGGGGCCGGGGGGGGGGCGCGGGCGGCGGGUGGCUGCCGCGCAUGCGCCCGCGGGCGAGGGGCGGCGCGGGUGGCGGAGCGGCGCGAGGAGAGAUUUCCAAUCGGUAAAGCGGGCGGCCCGGCGGAGGGGCUGGGGGGCACCGCGGCGGUGAGCCGUGACCGGCCCGCGGUGGUGGCGGGCGCUGCACUCUCUUUUCUUCCGCCCCCCUCCGCCGCCGUGCUGUGGGAGCGGCGUCCCGGCGGCGGAGGGGUGCGGGGCCUGCGGGACUGCCCGCCGCUGGGCCUGCGGGGCUGGGGAGCAGUGCGGGCGGCCCCGGCCCGGCCCUACGCGCGCCCCUUCCCCCGCACGCUCGGCCUCGCAGAGAGGACGGCGGCCCCCGCCUGCGGCCCGCCCGCCUUCGCGGCACUGCCCUCCUGGCCGGGGCGGGCGCCCUCCGUGCUGGCAGGGCAGCCCGUGUGCUGGCGGCAGCCGCGGCUGGGCGACGCUGUGGAUAGCGACGCGACGGGAGCAGCAGCAUCCGGCCACCGGAACCGCCGCUCGGUGCUCGGGCUGCUACAGCCGCGGCGGCGAAGCAGCGCGGCGCGGUUGCUUAAAUUUCCUACAGCUGAAUCACAGCAUUCUAAAGGGGAUCUGCCACUCUGCCUAAGCAAGAAGUCGAGCUGUUUCCAUACUAGCGUAACAGUCAUCUCCCAGGCGGAAGGUGUAUCUCCAUGGAUGGCACUGAACUGAACUGAAAGGGAACCUGUAAGGCAAUUCAUUUUCUUUAUGCUUCAAUUUCUGCUGAUAGAUACACCUCGAGCCCCUGGCAGACAGAAAGCCUACAAAGUACUGAAGCCACAAUUACCAAAGCGCUCAGAGGUCUAGCAUAGCAUGUCCUAAGACAAAUUUCUCAAAAGACAUUCUCCCCUAACAUUAAAAAGAAAAAUAUAUGGACAAGUUGGUUCAUCAUCUCUGAGAAUAGUGAUGCAGCAGGUCUACAAAUUUUCUCGAGUUACUAUGGGCGAUGCAUACUUUUUUCUUCUCCUGUGUAAGCAAUGUUCGGAUUCGUAAUUCAGAUUCAUGAGCCUAGUUCUAUUAGGACUCCCUGCAAAUCUAGUUUCCAGAAAUACCCUUCCAACACCUAACCUUCAUUAAUUUUUAUGAAGGAACCUGAGCCCACCUCUAGACACAAAUAUGUGUAUUACCUUAGGUACAGAAUCCCUUUGAGGGUUGAGUGUUGCAACAGGAAGGCUGUGAGAUGCUGGUGGAAUAAAAGAGAUCAUCAUUCCUCUCUCUUACACAAAUCAACUCCAGAUUUAUUCAGAGAUCAUCAGGAGAUUAGCAGUUGUUCUUCCAAGCAAGCAGCUUCCAAUAUCAACAGUGCUGACUUAGAAGGAGGAAAGUGGAUUUGGGAGCAUUUUCCUCUCCAAGCACAGUAUUUUUCUUAUCCUGCUUUCUCCUGUUUGAAUUUCUCCACGUAAAAGGGGAAGGGCAAAAAAACAGGCUUCUGUUUGAUAACUGUUUUCCUACCUGUUACUUUUGCCAGCAGACUCUGCAGACUUUAUAAAUACAAAGUGAUUAUUUGAAAGGUAAAAAAGAUACAGACAAAACUUGCAGACUUAUUUGAAGAAGAAUGCAGAAUAAUCUAAUACGGAGCCUGUACUGUCAUUUGAAGAAUAAAGAUUUCCUAUAUCAGAACACAAUAAUUUGGCAUCGUUCCAUUUUGGGCAUUUUUAAGCAAUAACCAUUGCUAAUUUGUUUGUCAAGGAUUUUUUCAGCAAAGGGUGAGACUUUUGGUUUUAAGAACUGUUGAAUAUCAGGAAAUAAAUCAAUGAAGAAAGCUUACAGAAACCUCAAGCAUCGUUCCUUUAGUGUUUCUAAAAUUCAGUGAACUGAAUUUUUUUGCACAAGUAUAAUUCCACCAAAUAUUAAUGUUUACAACCUGAGUGCUAAUUACAUGAUCUAAUUUUGGAGCAUUCUAAAAGUUUAUUUCUGAAUAAGUUCACUUUUGCUUUCUUUCAUUUGGCAUCUUGGUUUUCACAAAAGAAAUAAAAUCAUCAAAGCUGGAAACAAAUCAA